CCAUACCCACCUGCGAACCGGAAAGCCCCGCUUCCUCCAACUUCCUCCAACUAUUGGCAUUUCUCUCACGGCAGAGAAAAUCGGUUGAGUGACAUUCUCACUUAUAAUUUAUAAAUAAAUGAUGGUGAUUCGUCACUUUCUCCAUGCACCGAUGUAACCAAUCUCUCAUUCACACUAUUAAGUACUUCACUUAUCACUUCCAACUGCAACAAAAAGAGAAAUGCAAAAAUGGCCGCAAAAGAGAAAGAGAUAACCCACCAGUUUCGUUUUUUCCGCGUUUACCAAGACGGUACAGUGGAGUUUCACAAACACUCCGCCCCCGCCACGCCCGAAAAGAUUACCCCUUUUGAUGACCCCACCACCGGAGUUUGCUCCAAAGACGUCGUCGUGUCCAUCGACCCACCCAUCGCGGUUAGGAUCUUCCUGCCCCGAAUAACUGACCCGACCCGAAAACUCCCCCUCCUCUUCUACAUCCACGGCGGCGGCUUCUGCAUGCAGUCCGCUUUCUCCUCCAUUUACCACAACCUCGUGGCCACCGCCGCCGUCGAAGCCAACGCCAUCGCGGUCUCCGUGGAAUACGGUCUGUUCCCGACCCGACCCAUACCUGCAUGCUACGAGGACUCCUGGGCGGCGCUCCAGUGGGUGGCGUCACACGGCAGCGAAAACGGACCCGAGCCCUGGCUGAACGAGCAUGGCGAUCUGCAGCGGGUGUUCAUCAGCGGCGACAGCGCCGGUGGCAACAUAACCCACGCGAUGGUGAGUCGGGUGGGGAAGUUCGGGUUAGCGGGCGUGAGGAUUAUCGGGGCAAUUUUGGUGCACCCGUAUUUCGCGGGUGUGAGAGAGGACGAUGAGAUGUGGAUGUACAUGUGUCCGGAGAACGAGGGGUGGGACGAUCCUAGGAUGAGACCGGCCGUAGAGGAUCUGGCUAGGCUUGGGUGUGAGAGGGUGCUGGUGUUCGCUGCUGAGAAGGACCAUCUGUUCCACUCUGCAAGGAACUACGUUGAGGAGCUCAAGAAGAGUGGCUGGUGUGGGAAUGUUGAGCUUGUUCAGAAUUGGGGUUUGGGACACUGCUUUCAUGUUUUCAACCCCCAACAUCAUGAGGCCAAGCAGAUUUUGCAAAAGAUCGUUUCCUUCAUCCAACCUCACUAAAUUUCUCAACCCAUCCCAAUACUUUUAUUUUUCUGCUUAUUAUUAUGUUUUUCUAAUUCCAUACUUUCGUAUGGACGUAUGGUUGCUUGUGACCUCUUGGGAGUACGUAGUAAUACCCAUGUAAUAUCCGUAUGAGACAAAAAGGAUGAAAAUAAAUUUCAAAGUCCAGUUUAAUCCUUCA